AUGGGUGAUAAUUUAGAAAGGCUAUUUUCAAAGAAAGAAAAAUUUUUUAAAGAAAUAGUGGAAUCGAAUUGUAUUUAUAUCAAAGAGUUAAAUCAGUGGGUUGGUACUAACUAUGUAACGAAGCUAAAAUUAAAGAAAGACACUUUCAAAAUAACCCCAAAAUUACUAAUAAAUAGAACCCGUUCAAGGGCAAGUAGAUGUAGAGUUUGCGGAUUAAUAAUUGAAAAAAAUAGUUUAAGAAUAGGAUACCCAACAAAGGAUCCAAGAGGAAAUUUUGGAUAUAUAAGUUGUUGGGUUCAUAUAAAUUGCAGUAAAAAGAUUUUAUAUAUUAUUUUGUAUAAUGAAGAAAAUAAUAAAUUUUUACAAGCAUAUUUAAGUAAUUUAGAAAAUAAUAUAGUUGUUAGUAAUUUUAAUGAAUAUGAAUUAUAUAUAUAUAAUAAUUUAAAAUGGGAAAUUUUUUUUGGUGGAUUUGAAGAACUGAAUGAUGAAGAAUCACAGAUGUUAAAAAAUAUUGUUAAACCAUAUGAAUUAAAAAAUGCUAAUGUAAAAAAUAGCAUUGAAGCUUUAAUAAAUGAAGAAAAAGAAAAUUUAAAUUCAAGUAAAUAUAUGAAAUUAGAAAACAGAGUUAUCGAAAAUAAACUAAAAAUUCCAAAAGAAUUAAAGUUUGAUUUACUAGAAUAUCAAAAAGAAGGUAUUUCUUGGAUGAUCAACCAAGAAAAUUCAAAUAUUAAAGGAGGAAUUCUUGCCGAUGAAAUGGGUAUGGGAAAAACAAUCCAAGCAAUUACAUUAAUUUUAUGCCAAAAAAUAAAUCAAUUAGAAAAUAAAGAGAAUAUAACAUUAGAAAAUGACAUAAUAGAAAUAUAUGAUGAAUCAGAUAAGGAAUUUAAAAUGAAGGAAGAAGAAAGUGAUGUUAUAAAAAUAGGAAAUAUAAUAAAGAAGGAAAUUAAAGUAGAAAAUGAGAUAGAAAAUGGUGCAUUAGAAAUGGUUAAUGAAAUGAAAAUGAAAUAUGAAAUAAAAAAUGAUAUAGAUAAUGAUCCCAACAUUAGAAUAAAAAAUGAUAUAGAUAAUGAUCCCAAUAUUAGAAUAAAGAAUGAUAUAGAUAAUGAUCCCAAUAUUAGAAUAAAAAAUGAUAUAGAUAAUGAUCCCAAUAUUAGAAUAAAGAAUGAUAUAGAUAAUGAUACCAAUAUUAGAAUAAAAAAUGAAAAUGAAUCUAUGAAUAAAUUACAAGGGAAUACUUUAAUAAUAGCACCUAUUGCAGCUGUAAUGCAAUGGAAGUCAGAAAUUGAAAAAUUUAUAGAAGGUAAUAUUUUGAAAGUUUAUGUAUUUCAUGGUAAUUCUAAAAAAAUAUCUUAUGAUGAAUUGUUAAAAUAUGAUAUUGUUAUUACAUCUUAUGCAAUGGUAGAAGUACACUUUAGGAAAAUUAUUAAUAAAUAUAAAAUAUCUUGUGAAUAUUGUGGUAGAUUAUUUUUACCAAGAACUUUAAUUUUACACAAAAAAUAUUUUUGUGGUCCAAGUGCCAUCAGAACUGAAAAAUUAAAAAAAAGAAAAAAAAAAAAUAAAGAUACUGCACUUGUUGCAAUGAAAAAAUUCGAUGAUACAUUUGUUCCUACUCCAAGAAAUGUCCUAUUAGAAAUUAUGAAAGAAUCUAAAAAUGAAAAUAAUAAUAUUAAAAAUACUCAAAAGUUAAAAAAUGAUUCAAACAAUAAAGAGAUAACAAUAGAAGAAAAGGAAGUUAUUGUAUUAAGCUCAGAAAGUUUAAACAGUGAAUAUUCAUCUUCAAAUAAUUCAAUUUAUUCUCCCUUAUCUAGAAAGACAUCUAGUAGAAUAAUUGAUUUGUGUAAUUUAGGUUUUGAUAAAGAAAUGAUUGAUAAAAAUGUGCAAAAUAUAUAUAAAAAUAAAGAUAAAAAAAAAAAUAAAAUAAAAUGGAAUAUAGUUAUAAAAAAUAUAUUAGAGAAUGAUUCAUAUAAUAUAGACAUGAAUGAAAAAUGCAAGAAUAUUUUAUUGCAAAUAUAUUUAAGCAAUAACACAAUUGAAAAUAGGGAUCUUAAAAAAUUAAAUAUGGGAGAACUUAAGGUUCUUUUAAUAACCAUGGGAAAACAUAUUUUUGGUACAAAAGUAGAAUUAAUAAAUAGAAUAUUAGUUUCAGCAAAAUAUAUAAGACAAGAAUUGAAUCAAUUGAAAAAUGAAGAAAAUGAAAAAAUAAAAAAGAGAGAAGGUGAUAAUGAGGAAAACAAGGAUUAUAACAUAAACAAAAAGGAGUUAGAGGAAAGUGUAAACGAUGUUAUAGUUACAGAUUUGAAAUACAAAGAGGAAAGUGAAGAAGAAGAAAAUUGUAUCGAUGAUAGAAUUAAAGAAAAAAUUAAUAAAAAUAAAAUAUUGAAAGGAAAAAAAAGUUAUGGAAAAAGUAAAACUUUGGAUUCUACAUAUACACUGCAAAAUGACAAAAAAUCUAACAAAAAAUUAAAAAAAAGAAAUUUAUCUAAUUCAACUGAGAUAUUAAAAAAAAAAAAGAAAAAAAAAAAUAAAAAUGAUGAUAGUGAUGAGUCAUUUAAGAUAGAGAGUUUAAAAAAAGAAAAGUAUGAAGAAAGUUUUAGUGAUAGUUCAAAUAUUAAAGAAAAUGAUAAAAGCACUAGUGAUUCUUUUGAUUCCUAUGAUUCUAUUAUUGUUAAAAAAUCAAAAUUAAGAAAAUCAAAAUUAAAGAAUUAUGAAACAGUUCUUUUUGAUGAAAGUGCAUUACAUCAAAUACAAUGGAAGAGAAUAAUAUUAGAUGAAGCUCACAGGAUAAAAAACAGGACUACUUCAACAACACAAUCAAUUUUAAAUUUAAAUUGUUCAGGAUAUAGAUGGUGUUUGACAGGAACCCCGUUGCAAAAUAGAAUUGGAGAAUUAUAUAGUUUAAUAAGAUUCCUAGAAUUUUAUCCAUAUGCUUAUUAUUUUUGUUCAAAAAAAGACUGUAAAUGUUUACUUUUAAAUUAUGAAAUGAAGGAUAACAAAUAUUGCUAUCUUUGCAAACAUUCCAAAAUAAAUCAUUUUAACUAUUUUAAUAAAAGAAUUUUAAAACCAAUACAAUCAUUUGGAUAUAACGGAGAAGGUGUUACUAGUAUGUUUUAUUUAAAAAGUGAAGUUUUAGAUAAAAUAUUACUAAGGAGAACUAAAGGAGAAAGAAAAAAUGACAUAAAAUUAAAACCGUUAAUUAUUACUAUAAGGAAAGACAAAUUAACCAAUGAAGAGAAGGAUUUUUAUGAAUCUUUAUAUAAACAAACUUCUACACAAUUUGAUAAAUAUGUUAAAUCAAACACUGUUCUGCAUAAUUAUGCUCAUAUUUUUGAUCUACUGAGUAGAUUAAGGCAAGCAGCUGAUCAUCCAUAUUUAAUUCUUUUUGGAAACUCUUUUUUAAGUGAUCCAUCAGGAAAAUUUAUAAAAAAAAAUUCCACAAUCAUCCCAGCUAUAUCAAAUGAUUAUGUGUGUGGAAUAUGCCUAGAAAAUGUAUCAAAAAAAAAUAAUAUUAAUACAAAAUGUAAUCAUAAUUUUCAUAAGGCAUGUUUAAAGCAAUAUAUAGAGAGUUUUGAAUUAGAAAAUAAUUCAAAUAGUGAUCUAAAUGGAAGCAAAGAUUCAAAUUUUGUAAAAUCAAAAACAUCUGAAUGUAUAAGUACUAAUACAAUUGCAAUGUGUAACAAAGAUGUUGUAUAUAAUAAUGAAAUGGAAAAAUUAAACAAAAAAUCAAAAUCCAUUUCUGUAGUAAAGUUUAAAAAUAAAGAUAAAUCGGAAUUUGUCAAUUUAUUAAAUAAUGAAGAAAAUUCAAAAGAUUAUCCUUUAGGUUGUCCAGUUUGUUACGUUCCAUUAACUGUUGAUUUUAAUCUUUUUUAUGAGUUAGAGGAUAAUGAUGAAGAAGAAAUUAUCGUAUGUAAAGAAGAAACUACAUAUAUUAAUAAAAGCUUUAUAAAUAGAAUUAAUACUCAAGAGUUUCAGACAAGCACUAAAAUUGAAGCUAUAUUUGAGGAAGUUGAUAAAGUCAUUAAAAAUACUGACGAUAAAUGUUUAAUAUUUUCCCAAUAUUGCUCUAUGUUAGAUUUAAUUGAAUAUCACUUAAAAAAAAACAAUAUUAUAUGUUCGAAAUUACUAGGAUAUAUGUCUAUGGUAUCAAGAAAUAAUAUAUUGUAUAAUUUCAAUCAAGACAAACAACUAAGAGUUCUUCUUAUAAGUUUGAAAGCAGGUGGAGAAGGUUUAAAUUUGCAAGUAGCAAAUAGAAUUUUUAUCGUUGACCCUUGGUGGAACCCAGCAGCUGAACUACAAGCUAUUCAAAGAGCUCAUCGUAUAGGUCAAACGAAAACAGUUUAUGCAAUUCGUUUCAUUAUAGAAAAUACUGUUGAAGAAAAAAUUAUUCAAUUACAAAAAAAAAAGCAGUUAGUAUUUGAUUGUACUAUAGGAGACUCUAACAAUGCUAUGCAGAAGUUAACAAAAGAAGAUUUAGCUUUCCUAUUUCAUGCAUAA